CAACAAAGAUAAAGAAAACAGAAAAAAGCAUUAUCAAACUAUCAUCUUGAAAGUAAAACUGUGUUUUUGGAAGUGAUCGUUAGCAUUAACAAUGGCGUCAGAGCAAGCAAGGAGAGAAAACAAGGUGACGGAGAGAGAAGUUCAGGUGGAGAAAGACAGAGUCCCAAAGAUGACGAGUCAUUUCGAGUCCAUGGCCGAAAAAGGCAAAGAUUCCGACACACACAGGCAUCAAACAGAAGGUGGUGGGACACAGUUCGUGUCUCUCUCAGACAAGGGGAGUAACAUGCCGGUUUCUGAUGAAGGAGAGGGAGAGACGAAGAUGAAGAGGACUCAGAUGCCUCACUCCGUUGGAAAAUUCGUUACUAGCAGCGAUUCAGGAACAGGGAAGAAGAAGGAUGAGAAAGAGGAGCAUGAGAAGGCGUCGCUAGAGGAUAUUCAUGGGUAUAGAGCCAAUGCUCAGCAGAAGUCAAUGGAUAGUAUAAAAGCAGCAGAGGAAAGGUAUAACAAGGCUAAGGAGAGUUUGAGCCAUAGUGGACAAGAAGCUCGUGGAGGAAGAGGUGAAGAAAUGGUGGGAAAAGGGCGGGACAGUGGUGUCCGUGUUUCUCACGUUGGGGCUGUUGGUGGCGGUGGUGGAGGUGAGGAAAAAGAGAGUGGUGUACAUGGCUUUCAUGGGGAGAAAGCACGACAUGCUGAGCUUUUGGCUGCCGGAGGUGAGGAGAUGAGAGAACGUGAAGGUAAAGAAUCAGCAGGUGGUGUUGGUGGUCGUAGCGUAAAAGAUACGGUAGCCGAGAAAGGACAGCAAGCUAAGGAAAGUGUAGGAGAAGGUGCUCAGAAAGCGGGCAGUGCUACGAGUGAGAAAGCUCAGAGAGCUUCCGAGUAUGCAACAGAGAAAGGAAAAGAAGCUGGAAAUAUGACAGCUGAACAGGCGGCGAGAGCAAAAGACUAUGCUCUGCAGAAAGCUGUUGAAGCUAAAGAGACUGCGGCGGAGAAAGCUCAGAGAGCUUCCGAGUAUAUGAAGGAAACAGGAAGCACAGCGGCUGAACAGGCUGCGAGAGCUAAAGAUUACACUCUUCAGAAAGCUGUGGAAGCUAAAGAUGUUGCAGCUGAGAAAGCUCAGAGAGCUUCAGAAUACAUGACAGAGACAGGAAAACAAGCCGGAAAUGUUGCAGCUCAGAAAGGGCAAGAGGCAGCUUCAAUGACAGCAAAAGCUAAAGAUUAUACUGUUCAGAAAGCCGGUGAAGCAGCUGGGUACAUAAAAGAAACGACAGUGGAAGGAGGAAAAGGAGCUGCACAUUAUGCAGGAGUGGCAGCUGAGAAAGCCGCUGCGGUUGGGUGGACAGCGGCACAUUUCACCACGGAGAAAGUGGUGCAAGGGACGAAAGCGGUUGCAGGUACAGUGGAAGGUGCUGUGGGGUACGCAGGGCAUAAGGCGGUGGAAGUAGGAUCUAAGGCAGUGGACUUGACUAAGGAGAAAGCUGCAGUGGCUGCUGAUACGGUGGUUGGGUAUACGGCGAGGAAGAAAGAGGAAGCUCAACACAGAGACCAAGAGAUGCAUCAGGGAGGUGAGGAAGAAAAGCAACCAGGGUUUGUCUCAGGAGCAAGGAGAGACUUUGGAGAAGAGUACGGGGAAGAAAGAGGGAGUGAGAAAGAUGUCUACGGCUAUGGAGCAAAAGGAAUACCCGGAGAAGGGAGGGGAGAUGUUGGGGAGGCAGAGUACGGAAGAGGGAGUGAGAAAGAUGUCUUCGGAUAUGGACCAAAAGGCACGGUCGAAGAAGCAAGGAGAGACGUUGGAGAAGAAUACGGAGGAGGAAGAGGCAGUGAGAGAUAUGUUGAAGAAGAAGGGGUUGGAGCGGGAGGGGUGCUUGGGGCAAUCGGCGAGACUAUAGCUGAGAUUGCACAGACGACAAAGAACAUAGUGAUUGGUGAUGCGCCUGUGAGGACACAUGAGCAUGGAACUACUGAUCCUGACUAUAUGAGACGGGAACAUGGACAACGUUGAAAAGUAAUGUAUAAUGGAGAAAUGUUUUGGUGUGUUUUUGCUUUACUUAAAAAGGUCUUUUGUUUUUUUGUAUGUAAAUAACAAGAAGCUCUGUUUGACAGAGUUUUGUGGUAAAUAACAAAAAAAGUUCUGUUUCUGUUAAGAAGUUUGAAGAAUAUAUUAGUGGUUUCCUUUG